AUGGCGUCCCGCAAUCGCGUGGCUGAAUGUGUUCGGUUAACUGGAGGGAUCGGACAUGUGGAGAGCUUACGUGAUCCCGGCCAAGCAGAGAUUCGUUCUUUGAUGCUCUGGCGCCCCCGAGACGGGGACAUCACUCGAGCUACAAUGCAAUCGGAUCUUGAUCACUUCAACCUCGACUACGAAUGGUCUCAGGCCACCCCAACGAUGCGUUCGCGAUCGCCCUACAGACGGCCUCGCGUACGAAAGUCCCGCGGGCGGGGCCUGAGGACGACAAAUGGCUGCAAAACAUGUCGGAAACGACACCUGAAGUGUGAUGAGGUCAAGCCAGUCUGUGGCCCUUGUGCCAAAAAUGACAAGCUCUGUGAAUAUGCUAGCCCGGGCCGCUCUAGCAUCAACAGUCCGGCCUUGGACCGGGCCAUUGUGGAAGCUGUGCCUCCAACUGCCCAGCAAUCUACGCCUCCAGAGGCCAUUGGCGAUCACGCAUCAACUGGUGCUGAUGUAACCUCAUCGGCUUAUGAGACCCCUAACGUCACUGACUUCGCCUGGACCAUUCCCGAGGCGGGCGCUGGCCCUGAUCGAUCUGUCCUACUUGAUCAUCCGCAGGGGAGUUGCCCAGCUUCGAGCCGGACGCCUGUAGAGCUGCAUCCUAGCUAUCUGUCCCCUUCUAAUGCAUCCUUUGCCGCAGUGCAGUGGUUUGGGCUACUAGCCAGUGAUGCCGCUAAGGGAAGCUUGCAAUCGUCGACCAUUCUCAACUCCCGGGCGACGCCAAGCCUCUCGCUGGGCGUCUCUGAUGAGAAUGGUGUAAAUCAGCUGAGUUCACUGCAAUCAGCGACCCAGGUAUUGGAUGGCCACUCUAUCAGUAUUUCGGAAGGUAGGAGAUUCGGAGAGGAGCACAUAUGGCAAUCGCGGGAGCCAAUCGAGCUUCUGGCGGUUGAGCAGACGUUGUUCGAACAUUUCGUGAAUCAUGUGAGCCCUUGGAUCGAUCUGUUUGAUUUCACUAACCAGUUCUCGACAUUCGUUGCUCACUCGGCUGUACAUAAUGCCGGGCUUAUGAAUGCUAUACUGGCCCUUGCCUUUCGACAUCUGGCCUUGAAUACCCGUCUGGAUAACCAUCAAAUGCCAAGUAAGGAGGAAGCGGCUCUCCAAUAUUACUACCAAACCCUUCACUACGUGCAAAGGGCUAUGCAAUAUUCUCACUACAAGACAAGCCCCGAGCUGCUUGCAACUGCCCUGAUUAUUUCUGCCUACGAGAUGCUCGACAACUCCUCCAAUGACUGGGAGCGCCACCUCGAAGGAGUCUUCUUGAUCCAACGGUCUCAGACCAUCCACGGAGAGUCUGGUGGACUACAUUCGGCGGUGUGGUGGGCAUGGCUCUGCCAGGACACCUGGGCUGCCUUUCGCGAAAAACGCAAGACUCUUACCUUCUGGGUCCCCCAGAAACCCCUGUCUGAAAUAUCACCACAGGAGCUCGCUACGCGUUCAAUUUAUAUUACUGCGAAGGUAAUUAGCUACUGCGCUGACGUCACCACCGAAGAAGACAUCCAGCAACGGGUUGAUGGGGCACUUUGCCUUCACAAGAUGAUGGACGACUGGCAACGACAUCUGACUCUAGAGUUCUCUCCCUUACCGCUUGGCUCACGCGAACAUUCGACUUAUUUUCGACCAAUCUGGAUCCGCCCACCUGCAUUUGCCGUGGCUGUCCAAUUUAAUCGUGUGUCCCGAAUUCUUUUACUGGCUCACGAGCCGAGCCUGGGAGGAUUGGAACGGUAUCUCGAGCGGCAGGCCCGCAUCCAGUGCUGCCUGAAGGAUAUCUGUGGCGUUGCGAUGAUGUUGAAAGAUAAUCCCUCUAGCCUGAUGUCAUCACAAGCACUAUUCAUUGCGGGAAUGUUUGCUCAAGAGCCUGGUGCCCGGGAGGCUAUCUUGGAAUUGCUAGAAUCCUGUCGGGAGCGAUCUGGCUGGCCAGUUCGAUCGUUAGGGGCUGAACUACAGCAGCUGUGGGAAAGCCACGAGUCCCGAGAAGCAGCAGCUACUGUGACCUCGUUUGUGCGGUCGAGGUCCUCACAGCAAUGA